CCACCCCAAUUCCCCGGAGCCAUGAAGCUAAUCCUGGUACGCAAAUUCCGCGUUCUCAUCCUGCUGGUUUUCCUGGUGGCCUGCACUCUGCACAUCCUCAUCGACCUCUUGCCCAAGCUGGAGAAGCGAGCCGCGGGAUCCGAAGCUGGGGCGGCGGAGGCGAAUCCGGGCUGCUCUUGCUCUCACGCCGCCGCCGCCGCAGCAGCAGCAGCAGCCCAGCCGGGGGAAGAGCGACGCGGCUGGCCCAAGGAACCUCCGCCGCCGUCUUCCUUGGAACCGGAGCCUCCGCCGCCGGCGGCUGCAGCAGCAGCAGGAGCUCAGGAGGAGCCGGGGAGAGCCAAAACCGGCGCCUCGGAGGCGGCCGCGGCAGCCGCGGGUUGGCCUAGCAAGCACACGCUGCGGCUCUUGCAGGAUUUCAGCAGCGAGCCCAGCUCCAACCUCAGCUCCGGAGAGAAAGGACCCGGCCACGCCAAAGCCGAGCGGAGAGGAGAGGCGCCGCAGCUGCGAAGCUUCAGCACCGGAGCGCUCCACGCGAAAGGAAAAACGAGAGCAGCGGACCGCUUGCACAACCAGCCCCACUCGCCGCCUUUGCUGCCGGUUUACCGGGAGGAGGAGGAAGAAGAAGCGGCGGCGGCGGAGGGAGCAGCGGGCACCGGCUCCCGCCUGGCCGCCCUCUUCGCCCACCCGCUCUACCAGCUGGCCCUACCGCCGCUGGACGAAGCCGACCUCUUGUUCAACGUCAACAGCGACAUCCGAUUUAACCCCAAGGCGGCGGAGAAUCCCGAGUGGCAAAACGAAGGCAACGAAGACGAGGACUUCUUACCCACGGGGGAAACGUCUGUCGAUUCCUACCCGAAUUGGCUCAAAUUCCACAUUGGCAUUAACCGGUACGAGCUGUAUUCCAGGCACAACCCAGCGAUUGGCACCUUGCUCCACGAUUUGGCUACCCAGAAAAUCACCAGCGUUGCCAUGAAGUCGGGAGGCACCCAGCUCAAACUCAUCAUGACAUUCCAGAAUUAUGGACAAGCCUUGUUCAAGCCAAUGAAGCAAACGAGGGAGCAGGAAACCCCUCCCGACUUUUUUUAUUUUUCCGACUACGAGAGACACAAUGCUGAGAUUGCAGCAUUUCACCUGGACAGGAUCCUGGAUUUCCGUCGCGUCCCACCAGUUGCAGGCAGACUGGUUAAUAUGACCAGAGAAAUAAGGGACGUUACUCGCGACAAGAAACUAUGGAGGACAUUUUUUAUCUCACCAGCCAACAACAUCUGCUUCUAUGGAGAAUGCUCCUAUUACUGUUCGACGGAGCAUGCCCUUUGUGGCAAACCGGACCAGAUUGAAGGUUCCAUGGCCGCCUUCUUGCCCGACUUGUCUUUAGCCAAACGGAAAACCUGGAGGAACCCGUGGCGACGUUCCUACCAUAAACGCAAGAAAGCCGAGUGGGAAGUUGAUCCAGAAUAUUGCGAAGAGGUUAAGCAAACGCCACCUUAUGACCGGGGAACCAGGAUCUUGGAUAUAAUGGACAUGACCAUAUUUGAUUUUCUGAUGGGUAAUAUGGAUCGACACCAUUACGAGACCUUUGAGAAGUUUGGAAAUAAUACUUUUAUUAUCCACUUAGACAAUGGAAGAGGGUUUGGGAAAUAUUCUCACGAUGAACUGUCUAUCUUGGUGCCUUUAAAUCAGUGUUGCCGAAUACGGAAGUCCACCUACUUGCGUUUACAGCUCCUGGCUAAGGAGGAGUACAAACUGAGCCAGCUGAUGGAACAAUCUUUGCUGGAGGACAAAAUCGCCCCCAUCUUGUACAAACUACACCUCCAAGCGAUGGAUCGGAGGCUCCGGAUAGUCCUGCAGGCCAUCAGGGACUGUAUAGAAAAAGGAAGUUACAACAAGGUGGUAGAGAAUGACUUUGCCUCCCCUAGGAGCACCGUCACGACCGAGAGGUAGUGACAACGGACAGACUUCCUUCAACGCCGCUGAAGAAAGACCGCCACGUCGACCAAGCCAACAUCCCGACAGUCUCGCGAAAGACUGUGUGUGUAGGCCAACGUUUGAAUUCAGUGAAUUCAGAAAUUGCUCUUCUAAUUGUUCUCCAAGUAAGUAGCUAAGGCGUAGACUCUGCAGCAGAUUAGACUGAGAAUAACAGGUAGCUCGGCCAUCAACAGCCCUCGGGGCCGUCCACGUGUUCUCAGUGGUACAUGGUCAUAACCCUUCCAUGUUUUUUUUUUCAUCCAACCUCACUUGCCUUAGGUUCUAAAUUAUUCUCCAUCGUCAACGAGGGCUUUGGAGUCCACCUGUGGGCGGAGCUUCUGGCAAGCCCCACCUUCCCCUCUCCCCACCAUUGCUUUCCUUUCUCCAAGCGGCUAGCGAUUUCAUGCCCCCCCUUUUUUUUCUCCUUCCUGAUCCUUCAUCGCAAGUGGCACCACCACCUCCCCCACCGCUGGGAAGACCCAGUAGGAAAUGCCGAAAAGUCAUCCACCUAUCCUGGAGCCGAUCGCCUCUGGUGGCUCGGUGGCUACGACACUGAGCUUAUCGGCCAGAACGCUCGGCAGUUCGACGGUUCGAAUCCCUAGGACAGGCCUCCUGCGUGAGCAGGACUAGAUGACCUCUAAGGUCCCUUCCAGCUCUGUUACUGUUACUGGAUCCACUUGUCCUCAUCGCAGUUUUCCAAACCAGUCCUAUUGACAGGAUCUUCUCACUGGCUGGAGCAACCCUCUCGUUCUGUCCUUCCUUUUCCUUUGUACAGAAAGCCGGUCUUUAUUUAAUAUUUUGUAUUUAUAGAGGAGACAGUCGUGUUGUGUUCUUCUUCUUCUUCUUCUUUUUUUAAAUAAACGGAAAACGCUACUUUUGGAUGAGGAAGGGAGUGACUGAUUGUCUACCGCCCUCAAGGUGGUCUCCAAGUGGAUCCCAAAGAAGAGAAAUCCCAGCUGUGGCCGUUGCUUGAAGCUCUCCUAGAUCUUGAACCUGGGUUUGUGGGUGGUCGGGGUAGCGAACGAGGUGAAUGGAUUAAGAAUUUGGAAACCAUGCACACCGAAAGACCAUUUUUGGGAAAGGUUAAAACUACAAAUAUUCUCUCCCUUACAAAGGGAAGACAAGGAAGGGUCAGGAAUGGAGAAGGCCACACUAGGGACGUUUCCUUCCAUGCGGUCCUGAAAUCUUCCUUCCUUGCGUCUACUUCCAAGGCGUCGUCCUCCUUUUCUCUUGCUCCUUCACGGUUGCCAGAGGUCUCCCAUUUGCUUCCCAGCAUUUCCAAGACUGAGCCAGCUACGGGCCAAGCCCUUCCCCACCCACCCCCCAAAAAAAACAUCACGCCACCCCACCCCAGCAAAAGGACCACCCUCCGCAGAAGUGCAGCAGCUUCGUCGAAAGAAGAGCGGGACGAUCCGUGCAUCGGCGAGAAUACUUGAAUGCGGUUUUACAGAGUGAUGUUUAAAAAAACAAACAAACAAACAAACAAACCAACCACCACCACAGAUAAAUUGUGCUAUUUAUCCAUCCGAAAGUAAGCAGCUCUUCCUUCUCUCUCUGGACGGACGGUGGAAGCUGAGCUGCUGCUGCUUUUUCUCAAAUCUGCUUUUGAUAGUUUUCUUUUAUGUAAAUAUAUACAUAUCCAAGUUUAAAAAAAAAACAACAACACACAGAUUAAAGGGAAAAAAACCCAAAAACUGCAUUCAGCAGCAGUAGAAUUUUAUUCCUUCCUUCCUUCUUUCCUCCCACCCUCCCUCCCUCCUUCCUUCCUUCCUCCCUUCUUUCUUUCCUUCUUUCCUCCCUCCCUCCCUCCUCUCUUUCCUUCUUUCCUCGCUCCCUCCUUCCUUCCUUCUUUCUCUUCUUCCCUCCCUCCCUCCUUCCUUCCUCCCUUCUUCCUUCCUCCCUUCUUUCUUUCCUCCCUCCCUCUCUCCUUCCUUCCUCCCUUCUUUCUUAUCUUCUUUCAUCCCUCCCUCCUUCCUCCCUUCUUUCUUUCCUUCUUUCCUCCCUCCUUCCUUCCUCCCUCCCUCCCUCCCUUCUUUCUUUCCUUCUUUCUUCCCUCCUUCCUCCCUCCCUCCCUUCUUUCUUUCCUUCUUUCCUCCCUCUCUCCCUCCUUUCUUGCUUUCUUCUUUCUCUCCUUCUUCCCUCCCUCCCUCCUUCUUUUCCUCUUUCCUCCCUCCCUCCUUCCUUCUUUCUUUCUUUCCUUUUUCCCUCCCUCCAUCCCUCUUGCCUCCUUCCAUCCUGUCUCCUUUCUCCCUCCCUUCCUCCCUCUCUCCUUCCUUUCUUUCUUUCUUCCUUCCUUCCUUCCUUUUUCCUCCUUUCCGUGGAUUUGUUUGCAGUGUGGUCCCAGUGCAAUAAAGAUAUGGCAAAUAUAUGGCCUCCAUUAUUCCAUGAUUCCACUCAUCCCAAUAGAAAAAAAACACAAAACUACACUGGCUCAAGGCCCAGGGGCUGUUUCUCUCUCUCUCUCUCUCUCUCUCUCUUUAUUUUUAUUUUUCUGAAGCACGAAUUUGAGCCUGUUCCACCUUGACCUGCCUGAGCCUGCCCCAGAAGGAGAGUCUUAAGUCACAUUAAUUCACCCAGAUGCCUCUGGCUUGUACAGGCAGCCGCCUUCCUGGUGCCUCUUAGACUACAGAAGCUCUUUCGCUCUGCCUGUUCAGGUCUCUCCCUUGUGUUCUUUCCCUCGUUUUUCUCUCGUUUUUCCCAGCUUCAUGUCAGAAUCGAUCCCUCUUUUAACACCCUUUUAUUCUUUCCCAGAGCUGAAGCCUACAACUCACAGUACUGGCCAAAAUUGUGGAAACCUUUUUGGGGAAAGUGUAUUUUUGAGGUCUGAUGGCUAAUAACACCACUUUUUGGGGGGAGUUUCAAGAUAAUCCUAUUCCACUGCUGGAAUGGCCUGGGAAUAGCCCAGAUCUUCACCCAAUUGAAAAUCUAUGGAGCCGAACUAAAGAAACUUGUUAGUCAGAAGCGACCCAGCAAUAAAACCCAGUUAAUAGAAGCCAUCCUUCCAUCUUGGUUUCAAAUUAGAACAGCUGCAGAACUCAAAGAUUUGGUUCACUCCACGGGAAGACAUUGUAAGGCCAUCAUUCAUGCUAAAGGUUACCCAAUUAAGGAUUAACUGACAUGGUGAUAAUUUUUGUAUAUCUUGUUUUUCCUAUGUGUUUCGCUUUUCUUCUUUGAACUGUAACUGCUAUUCUAAGAGCAAAUUCUUCAUAAAAUUAUUGCAUUGCAUUCUCGAUUAAAUUAUCUUUCCACUGA